AUGGCUUUCACCGAUGGAUACAUGGCAGCCUCCAGACAAAUCCUCGAACCCAAACCCACAUCGAAAUUCAUGAAAGUUUUCACACCGAUAUUGACAAUAUUUUUCAUAAGUGGUUUUUUAAUUUGUUUAAUUAUAAUUGUAAGUGGAUCCGUGUUCAGGACACAAAUGAGUAAAUAUUUGGAAGUUAAUCCUGAAGAGAUACACGUGACUUUUAGAGAUGUUAAAGGAGCAGAAGAAGCAAAACAAGAAUUAAAAGAAAUCGUUGCUUUUUUAAGAAAUCCCGAAAAAUUUUCAAUAUUGGGUGGUAAAUUACCAAAGGGUGUUUUGCUAGUCGGACCUCCGGGCACUGGAAAAACUUUACUCGCUCGUGCCGUGGCAGGAGAAGCAAAAGUUCCAUUUUUUCACGCUGCCGGACCCGAAUUCGAUGAGGUUUUAGUCGGUCAGGGAGCGAGGAGAGUGAGAGAUUUGUUCAAAGCUGCCAAAGAAGUAGCUCCAUGUGUUAUUUUCAUCGACGAAAUCGAUUCAGUAGGUUCGAAAAGAACAAACAGCACCCUUCAUCCAUAUGCCAAUCAAACAAUUAAUCAACUACUUUCGGAAAUGGAUGGAUUUCAUCAGAACGAAGGAGUCAUUGUUCUCGGUGCUACAAAUCGUCGAAACGAUUUGGAUAAAGCUUUGCUAAGACCGGGUAGAUUUGACGUCGAAGUUAUGGUACCCAUACCGGAUUAUACGGAAAGAAAAGAAAUAAUUGAAUAUUAUUUAAGCAAAAUACUUUAUAAAGAUAUUAAUUUAGAAUUACUCGCUAGAGGCACGGUGGGAUUCACGGGUGCCGAUUUAGAAAACAUGGUUAAUCAAGCUGCUUUAAGAGCUGCCAUCGAAGGUGCCGAUAGCGUGACUAUGGCUUAUUUAGAAAGUGCAAAAGAUAAAAUACUUAUGGGUCCGGAGAGAAAAUCAAGAAUGCCCGAUUCCGAAACGAAUUUAAUAACGGCAUAUCACGAAAGCGGUCACACGAUUGUUUGCUACUACACGAAAGAUUCUAAACCUAUACACAAAGUGACGAUACUACCCAGAGGAAGAUCCUUAGGACACACCGCAUACAUUCCAGAAAAAGAACAAUAUCUUGUUAAAAAAUCCGAACUGUUAGCAACUAUGGACACACUCAUGGGUGGUAGAGCCGCAGAAGAAAUAAUAUUCGGACCGGAUAAGAUAACAACGGGAGCAUCAAACGAUUUAAAAGAAGCAACGUCCAUAGCUACUCACAUGGUUAAAGAAUGGGGUAUGUCAGAAUCCGUAGGUUUGAGAACGGUUGAGGAAAAUCAAAGGUCAUCAGAAGCCAUUGAUGCAGAAAUAAGUUGGCUCCUACAAGAAUCUUAUAAAAGAGCUAAAACGAUAAUAAAAAAUUAUUCAAGAGAAUUAAAAUUGUUAGUUGAAGCUCUUUUAAAAUAUGAAACGUUGGACGCGGAUGACACACAAAACUGUCUUUCCGCCCAUUCAAUGUUUACAUUUAACUAA